AUGAAUAAGCCGAAACACGACUGGGGCGAUUAUUACUAUCAAGGGAAACGCAAAAACGGCAAAACGCGAUGGAUAUUGGAUAUGAUCCAUUCGAUCAACACCUCGAUACCGACGUUCAACGAAUUGUUUGAUGAGGAAACUUUCUACGUUUUUGUCGUUUUAUUCGUCAUUGCCACAAUUUUGGUGGUGAUUUUUCUUGCGAAAUGCGUCGGAAUCAAAUUAAAGGAGCAUGACGUUUAUGUGGACCGCGAUUGGGGCACACCGGCCGUUGCCGAUCCAUUCCGGUUCCCUUGGCAGACAGCCGAGUAUCGCAAAUUGGAGACAAAAACGAAAAAAGAAUAA